AUGAGUUACACAGAAAAACCUGAUGAAAUCACGAAAGAUGAGUGGAUGGAAAAACUCAAUAACUUACACGUGCAGCGAGCAGACAUGAAUCGCCUCAUCAUGAACUACCUAGUCACAGAGGGCUUUAAGGAAGCUGCAGAGAAGUUUCGAAUGGAGUCUGGGAUUGAGCCUAGUGUGGAUCUAGAAACCCUUGACGAGCGGAUCAAAAUCCGUGAGAUGAUCCUAAAGGGACAGAUUCAGGAGGCAAUCGCCUUGAUCAACAGCCUCCACCCAGAACUGCUGGACACCAACCGCUACCUUUACUUUCACCUGCAGCAACAGCACCUGAUCGAGCUGAUCCGCCAGCGGGAGACGGAGGCGGCACUGGAGUUCGCGCAGACGCAGCUGGCAGAGCAGGGGGAGGAGAGCAGGGAGUGCCUGACGGAGAUGGAGCGCACGCUGGCCCUGCUGGCCUUCGACAACCCCGAGGACUCGCCCUUUGGCGAUCUUCUGAAUAUGAUGCAGAGGCAGAAGGUGUGGAGUGAAGUGAACCAGGCUGUCCUGGAUUAUGAGAACCGGGAGUCAACACCCAAACUGGCCAAGUUACUGAAAUUGCUCCUUUGGGCUCAGAAUGAGCUGGACCAGAAGAAAGUAAAGUACCCCAAAAUGACAGAUCUCAGCAAAGGCGUCAUCGAGGAGCCCAAGUAG